UGUUCCACAGGCAACCGAUGUAAAGAAAGAAAAAUAACUAUUGUACUAAGCUAAUUACAACAUCUAGAUUUCCUUUCUUAAGUUUCUUUAUAUAGACUUGUGUGUUUAACAACUUUUCCAGGUCCUUCAAAAAAUUUUGUUCGUUGAAGAAGUACUUUGAUCUGACAAAGAAAUAGCUAACACGGUUUUCAGCUUAUACAACUCUAUCACAAUGGUGAAGACAACAUCAUCAUCAUCAUCAUCAUCAUCAUCGCCAGAUGUUACGCUGUAUAUUCCAGUUUUUGCCUUAAUGACACUAAUGUCUGAGCAAGUUGUAUCUGAUUUUUUACCAAGAUUGAAGUCUCUUUUUCAGUCAAAAUCUGCUCUUGAAAACUCCAAGUUUCGCAUUGAGAAAAGCUUUGAAUCCAAGUUGGAUCAUCAAGUUGAGACUGUCACCGAAAGGGAUGAUGGGAAAUUGAGCAGAGAAGAUUUGGAAAUGGUGAUGGAGCCCUUGGGACUUUUUUGCAGCCCAGAGAGUGAGGAGCUUAAGAACUCCUUUGGUUCUGAUGAGCUUUCUGGGUUGUUUGAAGAGGAGGAGCCUAGUUUGGAGGAGAUCAAACAAGCUUUUGAUGUGUUUGAUCAAAACAAAGAUGGCUUCAUUGAUGCCAUGGAAUUGAAGAGAGUCCUCUGCAUACUAGGCUUGAAGGAAGGUUCAGAGAUUGAAAACUGCAAGAAAAUGAUCAACAACUGUGAUGCAAACAGGGAUGGGAAAAUAGAUUUCAAUGAGUUUUUCAAGUUUAUGGAAAACAUUUUUUGCUAAAUUUUUCCUCUCUGAAUACAUAUUUGAUAAACUAUAAUACUCCUUGGAUUUUUUCUACUUUUUUAUCAUUUAAUUUUCCUGUUAUCUUUUUAAUAUAUAAUUAGGACUAUUUAAGCAUCUAAUGACUACUGAACUUCGAUA